UCAACCUAUAUGGAGAAAGGCCAAGGUAUUUUCUCUGAAGAUUCAGGAUCAAAACCUCAGCAGAGCACUAGAGAGCACAAAUUUACAGGACAUUCAUAUCCUACGGGGAAGAUCCAGGUCAUUGGAGACAUAUUCCAGUUCACAGUCGAUGUGAGUGAAUUUUCUCCGGAGGAUGUUAUCAUCGCAUACUCAAACAACCUGAUAGAGGUCCAUGCUGAGAAGCUGGGAGAUGAUGGCGCAGUCACAAAUACAUUUUUCCACCGAUGCAAACUACCAUCGGAUGUUGACCCCAUAUCUGUGACCAUGUCCGUGGAGAGCAGUGGGGUCCUGACUGUCAGAGCUCACAGGAUGUAACCUCAGCACUAAUCCACAGUGAUCCUCCUGGGAAAAGCAGGGGUUUAGCGACCUCUAGCGGUGGGCG